AUGUUGGAUCACAAAAGUAUGGAAAAAAUGUUUGAAGAAUUUGAAAAACAUAGUCAUUGUUUGUUUAAAGCUCGUUUAAAUAAAUUUGUACCAGAAAAUUAUAAUAAAAACAUAAUUAAAGUGACAGAUGAAAUUCUUCCACAAAAAGAGAUUUUAGCCAAAAUGAAUACAAAAUUAUUCAUCUCUCAUUGUGGACAAAAUAGUUUGACUGAGGCAAUAUAUGCCGGUGUUCCUUUAAUUUGUAUUCCAAACAAUGGCGAUCAGUUUUACAAUUCUUCCCUUGUUGAACAUUUGGGGAUUGGAAUUUAUGUAAAAUUAAAUAUAUCUGAUGAGAAUGAAGUGAACAUUGAAGAUUUUGGUAAUGACUUCCAAAAUGCUUUGAAUAAAAUGAUGAUUGAUGAGUAA